UGCGGUUUCCACAGCUGCGGAGCUUUGUGAAAAUCAGCCAGGGCGUGUUUUUUUUUUUUUUUUUUCAAGUAUUUCUCUUUCCGCGCGCGCGUGUCGGCUCGUGCGUGUGCGCGCGCUGACUCAGUCACGUUAGUGUGUGUGUGUUCUCUCUCUGUGUGUGUGAGUGUGUGUGUCCUGUUGUGUCAAAGGAAGUUUGCAGAGUGGACGCAGAUCAUUGAAGUGACCACUGAAAAAAAAACAGUGACCUUCUCAUGUGGUGCCCUCCUGUUGGAAACCAACACUCACUCUGACACAUGGUUGACGGUAGGAGACGGAGGGGAGAUCCAGACAAACUCUCACAGAGAGAAGGAGGCAAUCAGCCAUCUGUGAUUGGUCCCCUGCCAUCCUGCAGCUGUGUCACUUAGCUCCUUCAUAAACUAAAAGGGAAAUCAAAACAAGAGACCCAGAGAGCGACCGGGGGCUUCUCCUUACAUCUGAGGAGUCCAGGGCUGGAGCUAUGUGAAGGCCUCGCUGGCCUUGGUUUAAGCCCCCUGAGGCUGUGUCUGUCGAGGAAUGGCUGAUGCCCCAGCUGGAUCUUCCGCUGUCGCCAUCCUCCACAGCUAUUAUUAGUGGCUAAUGAGCUGCUGCUGAAGAGGAAACAGAGAAGGUGCCUGUGGAGAGAAGAGGAACCUUAAAGCUGUUAUUAAGAGGCCCAGAGAUCUGUGACAAGGAAUUGUUUCCCUCUGCAGGCUAGUGGAAUCCUUCAAAGCUUCUUUUUUUUUUCCGGUGCAGCCAUGAAAGACUAUGGACUUUGGAUUUCAUUUUUCUUCUCUGUCUUUGUACUUUAUGUCUUAGAAAACUGUGACUAUGCAGACAAUUGUUUUUCAGCAAGAUGAUUCAAUAUUUGGACAUAAACUUUUUGAUUUGUUGUAGUUUUUCAACAAAUGUUGAUCCAUUAAGCUUUUUGUGUUGAAAUUGUAUUGUUUAAGCUUUACACUUUACACUUUGACCCUCCUAUGACCUGAAGUACAUUGGUCACCAUGGCAGCAGCCUAUCGGGUAGUGGUGAGCAGCGUGAGCUGCUACAACAGUGUGGUAGUGGACCGGCGCACGCACUCCCAUGCUGUGCACUAUUGCUCAGGGCCAUGUGGGGCGCUGUCUCAGGGCCUGGACUGCACUGUCGCACACCGCGGCACAUGCUCUGAGCUCCUUGUUGCGCCUGACUGCAUGUACACUGAGAUGAACUGCUCGCCCAUACACAACCGCAACGUCAUCUCUCAGCAACUUCCCAACCAUGGUAAAAUCAGUGUUACCGUUGAUACAAGUUAUAAUGGGGGUCUAGAAAGGGCGGGCAGCAGUGGCAAUUUGUCUUUAGGAGAGGACAGUCCCACAUGGAAAGGUAAAAAGACCCCAGGUUGUGGAGGAUCAACUGGAAAUCUGAGCACUUCUGGCAGUCUAAAGGACAUAACUGAGGAGGCCAUUAAUCUGGCCAGUGGUAAACUCAAAGAGUUCUCCUUUGACAAGCUCCGCCUCUCCACCUCCAAUCACGUCACUUUCCGAAAAGGUCGAAAGGUUCGUCCCGACUCUUUUAGCCGACGCUCCACUGACCUGGAGAUCAUCUAUGGCCAUUUCAGCACGAACACCACCACUAACGGAACAACUAAUGGCAUGACAAAUGGCACUGUUACUUCUAAUGAUGAGAACGUACCGCCAUUUUUGCUCGGGAAAGGGGCGGGGCUGGAGGAGACAAAGCUAAAAGACAACACAAGCACCUUGUCAGCCAACAUCAAAAUAGGUGGCGGUUCAACAAGCAGUCUAACAGGUUUUGGAUCAUUAGACCAAAGUCUAAACACGAUGGCCUCCCUGUACCGCAACACGCUUGGUGAGGAGAACCUGAUUGCUCGUCUGCUUGAGAAGACACGAGCAGAGGCUGGCACUGGGGGAGCAGGCGGUGAGGACAUCCGAGCCUGCCUUGACAUUCUGCUUAAAUGUUCUGAAGACCUGAAGAAAUGCACGGAUAUCAUCAAGCAGUGCAUCAAACGCAAAGCCGGUGGAGGGGCUACGGAUGGAGGAGCCAGUCCUGACAGCAUGUACCGGGCGAUGAUGACCCGACUCAGCGGCUACCUGAAAAGACUGCCUCUUGACCUAGAAGGGAUUGGAGGUUUGGGGGGAAGUGGGCAGGGUGCACCUGAAAGUGGGCACAGUGAUUUGGCUGAGCUGGUCAACACCCUUCACUCCAUCCAACAGGGACCUUUCUCUCCAAUAUUUGGCCAUGAGCAACCUCCUCGCUAUGAGGAUGUGGUGCAGUCACCUCCCGUAUCAAAGACUGUUUCUUAUUCGGCACCUUCAACUCCCCCCUCUGUCUCAUUCCCCUCGUCAACCUCCUUGAAAUCAGACUCCAUCCAUAAUAAAGUAGUCCAUAGCUCACCAUCUAGAAGCAGCUCCCUUACCAAUGGACUGCAGCAUUCAUAUUCUUCCUCUGUUACACAACACACACUAUCUCCCCCAUCUGUCACCUGCUCUCCAUCCAGAUCCUCUCCAACGCAGUCUCCCUCCCCUCUUCGGACCUCCCCAACCCCACCAUACACUCACACUCCCCCAGCGUCCCCCAUGGAGGCGCUGUAUAUUGAGGAGGAAGAAGCAGAUGUGGGGAAGACACUAGAACAAAUCCCACAGCAGACGCCAACCAGAGGAGUAAACAUAACCCAGAACAAAAACGGGACUUUUUCAAGUCAGCACAUGACGCUAUCCCAACAACACGCACUCCAUAAUUCUUUCGAUACUUUGCCAGCCAGCAGUGGCUACAGCCCCAUUGCUUCACUGUCAGUGUCUGCGCCCAAAACCGCAUCACACAGGAAUGAUGACAUUGACAAGCUACUCAUGGACUUGGAGAAUCUGUCUCAGAGCAUGAGUCACCCCAGGAACACCGAGCCCCCACUUCCAGUCAAGACCAGGAAGAGAGAGGGGAUGCAGGUGACCACAUCCAGUGAGGUCCCCACUCAGCAGAAAAUGUCUCCGUUCCAAAUCCAGAAGCCUGCUAGCCACUUAUCCAUGAAUGGCCCUAGCUCCGGAGCACCCACGAGUCUCGCUCCUCCCCAGGGAGAGAACAGUGACGCUUUAGUGGGAGAGGAGGAGGAUGGGGCACUUCUGAUGAGGAUCCUGGAGAGCAUUGAGAGCUUUGCCCAGGAGCUGGUGGAUUCUGGGGCAGGAAGCACAGGAAGUGCCGAGAGGAAAUGUGGGAAGGAGCGAGAGGUGAUGAGGCUCCUACAGGACACACUGGCCACAGGUGGCAGGGCUGAUACACCUCCAGCUACUGCUCCCACUACUCCAUCCAUGCACACAAAUGCAGUCCCAGCUAUACUGCCAAAACACCCCCUGGCAAACACACUUGCAGUUUCACAUGUGCCAACACCUCUACCUACAACUUCUGAAGAACCUUCUGCACCUAAACCUUCACCGGAUGUUUCCCCCAAACCUCUGCCUAUGCCUAUGCCCACACCAGAGCCUGCCACCGACGUUACAGAUAAAGUUACAGAAGCCUUUACCGAUGACGUCCCUGAACCUGUAUUAUCUGAAUCUGCAAGCUUGCAUCCGUCCACACUGUCGGUUGACAUGACACCCGUGGUUGCGCCUGAGGUUUUAGCCCCCGUCGCCAGCCCAGUUGCGGUCGACGCAAGAGAUGCUGCCAUUACUGUCACUGACCCUGCUCCUAUGAGAGACACUGGUUCAACCCUACUCAUCCAGCAGACUCCGGAGGUGAUCCGAGUCCAGUCCAAACCAGAUAAGAAACCAGGCACACCUCCACCAGCUCCAACUCCAGCUCCCACUCCUGCCCCCGCACCACACACACCUGCCCCACAACACACCCCCCGCUCACCCAGCCCUCCUCCUCCAGCGCCGGUGAUCGUCACCCCUCCUCCACCUGCCGUCAACAUUCCCAGGUUCUACUUCCCCCGCGGGCUUCCCGCCCUGGGCCCGGCUGCCAACCACGACGCGGCCAUCGCUGCCAUCGAGGCGGCCUUCACGGAGUUCGAGGAGGAGAAGGCGGACAUAUACGAGAUGGGCAAGAUCGCUAAGGCCUGUGGGUGUCCCCUUUACUGGAAGGCCCCCAUGUUCUACGGCGCAGGUGGCGAGAGGACGGGCUUUGUCUCCGUUCACUCCUUCAUUGCGACCUGGAGGAAGUUGUUGCACAGUUGCCACGACGAUGCUUCCAGGUUCAUUUCGCUGUUGGCCAAACCUGGCUGUCGCUACCUGGAGCAGGAGGAGUUCAUUCCUCUGCUGCAGGAUAUAGUGGAUACACACCCUGGGCUCACCUUUCUGAAAGAUGCACCUGAAUUCCAUUCCCGCUACAUCACAACGGUGAUCCAGCGGAUAUUCUACAUCGUGAACCGCUCGUGGACGGGUCGCAUCACCAUGAUGGAGCUGCGCCGGAGCAACUUCCUCCAGACCCUGGCCCUGCUGGAGGAGGAGGACGACAUCAACCAGAUCACCGACUACUUCUCGUACGAGCACUUCUACGUCAUCUACUGCAAGUUUUGGGAGCUGGACACUGACCACGACCUCUACAUUGACCCCAAGGACCUCUCCAGAUACAAUGACCACGCCUCCUCCAGAAGAAUCAUUGAGAGACUGUAUUCAGGGGCCGUCACUCGGGGUAAUGCGGUGCAGCGAGAAGGACGCAUGAGCUAUGCCGAGUUCGUCUGGUUCCUCAUAUCAGAGGAAGACAAGAAAAACCCCACCAGCAUUGAAUACUGGUUCCGGUGCAUGGACACAGAUGGUGACGGAGUCUUGUCCAUGUUUGAACUGGAGUAUUUCUACGAGGAGCAGUGUGAGAGGAUGGAGAGGAUGGGCAUCGAGCCUCUGCCCUUCCAGGAUCUGCUCUGUCAAAUGCUCGACCUCGUCAAACCCGAGAGCCCAGGUAAGAUAACCCUGAGCGAUCUGAAGCGCUGUCGGAUGGCGCACAUAUUCUUCGACACCUUCUUCAACCUGGAGAAAUACCUGGACCAUGAGCAGAGGGAUCCGUUUGCUGUGCAAAAGGACAUUGACAGUGAAGGUCCAGAGCCUUCUGACUGGGAUAAAUAUGCCUCAGAGGAGUAUGAGAUACUGGUCGCAGAAGAGACUGCAAAUGAACAGCUACAUGAAGGGUCUUUCGAUGACGACUAUGAGUCCGAGGAGCUUCAAGUCCCUGGAGAGAUUGGGAAUAAAAUGGAAAAGCUGGUGAUAUCCGAUCUAACGGCAUAAAUUAAGCGCCUUCCUUGGAAUUCCUGGGCCUUUCAUCCUGAAAAACAGGAAGCCGAGUCCCUAAAGAUGAAUGCAUCGAAAAAAUACGUGGAAUGGAAAAACAGGGGGAGAGAAAAUGAUUGUGGCAUCUGUUUUCCAACAACUCUGGAGUCUCCUCACAAGACGUUUUUGUGUGUGUGCGACCGCAGACCAGUACAGUUGUGUGUUUGGUGCAGAGACGCAUCUGUAUUCAUACAGCACAUGUACUACAGUGUCACUGUGAGAGCAAAGCUACCGAUGGAGGGAGAACUACCGUAUAAGCUCUGACAGGAAAUCGAGAAUCCAGUAAAAAAAAAAAAAAAAGGUAACCAUGCAAGUGUCAUUGUGAAUGGUGCACUGACAAUCCUGCCAUAAGACAAUCAUCAGUUCUGCUACAGGUACACAAAUAGACUCUCCGAGUCGGAGAAACAGGCACACGGAAAGAGAUAAGGAUAGUGACUCACCGCCAUUAAAAAAAAAAACAACAGUCACAACCGUCAGCUGCUCUAUUUUAUCACAGACAGACAGACACUGCCAUUAAACACGUGCUGCCUGUGCGGCCCGUCACUGUGUCUCUGGUCGAGGAAGUUGUUAAACUUCUGUCACCUUCAGGGAGUGGGAGCACGUAACCGCAUGUGAGCGGCCACGGCAGCACCUCUCUGUGGCCGGCUGGCGCCACUGCACGUCAUCAGCUGUCACGCGCGGUGCGUAGCGACCGGCCGGCCGGCCGGCCUCUCCGAGAGGGAGCUCAGUUCACUGCACGGCCUGACCCCCCACCCCCCCGUCUAUUCUUAGAGAGGACGCUGUGGGAGUGGACGCUCCGCCACUUGACUCCUCCCUCUGCAGCCACAGAAAAAAAAGGAGUCGUCGGCGUUUCUUUCCUGCCAGGGCAGAGUGAGAGAUGUGAACACGCUGACGUGACGUUUUCUAACUCUCUGGUAGAGUUGCCCACACAUUUCCACCUGUAACAUUUGUAAUUAUAUAUAUGCACAUAAUGAGAACUGUCUCCACUGUGUGUUCCAUCAUCGUCCUCACUGGUAACACUUUACAUGACAGUGUCAGGACAAUAGGACUAUGUGGUAAUAACCAUUUUCAUGUGAAGGGUCUUAUAUCUACAAUAACUCUCAUUCUCUCACACUAAGUUACUACUUUGGAAGUAACACUGUUAUAUCACCUUGUUAUUACCGUAUGACGUCAUCACUGACUGCACAGUAAACGGUUAAUAAUACUUUUAUUUCCUGUCCCUGCCUGUUGUAAAUAACUGUUUGUUUAAUGUCCAUUUUUUCCCUUGCAACACACAAACCAAACACGCCAGUCGGGACGCCUCGUAAAGGAUCAGUACUUCCAAAUUAUCAUAUAUAUAUAUACAUAUAUAUUAUAUCCCCUGGACUCCAGCUGCCAUCUGACGACAAUAGCCGUGAUUGAAUCUCCUUCAUAAUAGAAAAAAUGACAUUAACAUAUCACAACAUGGAGUACCGGGACGCCAUGUCACGCCCACUGUGCCGAUACGGAGACAGACAUCUCAACAAUAGUCGUCUUUAUUUUUUAUUUAUUACAUUUUUUUUAUCGUUAUGAUUAUCAUUAUUAUUAUUACAUAUGAUUACAUUUUCUUUUGUCAGUUUGCGUGAAGUGAUCCUUUAACUCUGUUAUUUACUUAUUGCUACUCAUGUCACAGUUGUUGCCAUGGGGAUGGGGUUCCUGCAGUUUGUGUGUGUGUGUGUAAUGUAUACACACACACACACACACACACACAGUAGUUGCAGUAGAAGGGAUAAACAGAGCGAGUAGAUGUUGAAAGGCCUUGAGUUUCCUGCUGCUCUUGUCAAUGUGCCUGAUUGUGUAUGAAACUAUUAUUAUAACAAGAGUCAAAAUAAGCCAUUAUAUGUGUAUAUGUGUAUACAUAUAUAUAUAUGCAUAUAUAGAUAUAUAAUGGCUUUGUUUUUUUUUCAUGUUUGUCGAUGGUUUGUAUUGUUGUGCCACUGUGUGGCUCGGGGCAGGGGGGUAAAUUAUGUUAGUGUGUAUGUUUGUUUGUUAGAUGCACAGUGGAUUUCAGUGGAGGAGUAGGGGGGGAGAGUGGGCGGAUAUUGACCCAAUCUGAAGCUCCACCCACCUGACAAUCACAAACAAUAGUAAAUGAAACAUGCCAUAAUGAGAGACCUCGGUGACGGAAGUGUCAGCUGCCACACUCUCAUGAAGACAGUAUUU